AUGCUUCGUUUCAAUAGAGCCAUUGCCAGGCCCAACAUAGUCGGCAACAGAGCUUACUCCAUCAUCUCCGUGCACAGAGACUCCAAGUCCGACAACCAAGACCUUCCUUUCGAGUUCAACUCUGAAAACAUCAAGAGAGCCGAAGCUAUCAUAGCUAAAUACCCACCACAAUACAAGAAGGGUGCAUGCAUGCCAUUAUUGGACUUGGGCCAACGUCAGUUGGGCUUCACCUCCAUCUCUGUCAUGAACUACGUUGCCAAGAUGUUAGACAUGCCACCAAUGAGAGUCUACGAAGUUGCCACUUUCUACACUAUGUUCAACAGAGCUCCCAUGGGUAAGUACAACAUUCAAGUCUGUACCACCACCCCAUGCCAAUUGUGUGGAUCCGACGGCGUUAUGCAAGCCAUCCAAGACCACCUCAAGAUCAAGCCAGGCCAAACCACCAAGGACAACUUGUUCACUUUGCAAGAAGUCGAAUGUUUGGGUGCCUGUGUGAACGCUCCUAUGUUGGCUGUCAACGACGACUACCAUGAAGACUUGACCCCAGAAAAGACGGUGGAGAUCUUGAAGACUUUACAAGAAGGUAAGGAAUUGACCAAGAUCGGUCCUGUCAGUGGCAGAGAAAGUUGUGAACCUUACUCCGGUGCCAAGGUGUUAUUGGGCGAGGAACCAACCGACAUCAGAAAAUUCACCAGAUCCGAUUUAUAA